CUCGUUGCCAUGGAGAGCCUGAGUGAGCUCCAGAACCCGCUACUGGACAAGAACAGCAGGCACGUCGUCAACGGUUAUGGCGGUGACUUCCCUAACAACCAGUACCAGGAGAACAUCAUCAACUACUUCAUAACCGGCGGCAACGACGGAGGAGGAGGUGGAGGUUACACUAACAACGGUACGGUGGCCCAUGUGGGACACAACAACCCCAACGGCAAGACGAAAGCCCAACAACUCCUCGAUGCCACCUCCCUCCAUCUGGCCGUCGAGGCCUUCUACAGACCUACCUUCAUCCUGUACAAGGAGGAAGGGGGAGGCAGCAGCGGCGGAGGUGCCAAGGCCAUGGAUUCUAAGAGUGAGUGCUGCGAGACUACCUUCACAGAGAAGAAAGAAGAGGAGAGGGAGACCCCCGGCAGCACGGAGGACCCUCAGGCCAAGCUGCUGGAGGACGGAGACAACGUCAAGAUACAGACUGUCUCCUACGAGGUGGAGGAGGAGGAGUAUGUGGAAUAUGAGGUAAAGAAGAGGAAAUACCUGCGCUAUGUUGUAUCCUCUCUCUCUCUCUCUCUCUCUCUCUCUCUCUCUCUCUCCCUCUCUCUUCCUAGCAGUUGACCAGUGAUACAGUAUUACAGCUACCCAGCAGUUGA